UCUCCUUCCAUCCCUGUAGGUGUGUGCCACACGUCCGAGCAGGAGCUGGCUUGGUCUGUAGACAACGAGAUCGAGGUGCCUCCAGAUCACUUUAAUGGCGAUUUCCAGAUAGUGACCACUUUUGAGGGAAAGGUACUCGUGACUUAUGAGAGCAAGAAGAACAGGGACCAUAUAGCCACCAUCAACGUCUCCGUGGACAAGCUCUUCAAGGGCAACAAAGACUUCGUCUUCAACGAGUUUGGCAGACCAACAUUCAUCGCCAAGGGGGUGUGUAAAUGCAGGUUCGGAGUGGAGCAGAACGUCAAGCUCACAGAGUCACCGAUUCCCAUCGAGGAUUAUGACUAG